UGAAGAAGAAAGGAAAAAGAAGAAGGCAAAACCUAAAUGGAUAUAGAAAGAUGCAAAAGGCUUUGUACCCUGAGCAAAGGGCUGCUUGCUCCCAGCAGAGGACUGACUCAAGGAUCUCAGAAUCCUGAGAAACAGAGAGUCUUCCACAUUCAUGAAGUUCGAGAUAAGUUGCGGGAGAUAGUAGGAGCAUCCACAAACUGGAGAGACCACGUGAAAGCAAUGGAGGAAAGAAAAUUACUUCAUAGUUUUCUGGCUACGUCACAGAAAGGACUGCCACCUAGGAGAAUGAAAGACAGUUACAUUGAAGUUCUCUUACCUUUGGGCAGUCAGCCUGAAUUACGAGAGAAAUAUUUGACCGUUCAAAACACUGUAAGGUUUGGCAGGAUUCUUGAGGAUCUUGACAGCUUAGGAGUUCUUAUUUGCUACAUGCACAACAAAAUUCAUUCAGCUAAGAUGUCUCCUUUAUCGAUAGUUACAGCCCUGGUGGACAGGAUUGAUAUGUGUAAGAAGAGCUUAAGCCCAGAACAGGACAUCAAGUUCAGUGGCCAUGUUAGUUGGCUUGGGAAGACGUCCAUGGAAGUGAAGAUGCAUAUGUUCCAGUUACACGACAAUGAAUUUUCCCCUGUUUUGGAUGCGACAUUUGUAAUGGUGCCUCGUGAUUCUGAAAACAAAGGGCCGGCAUUUGUAAAUCCACUCACCCUUGAAAGCCCAGAGGAAGAAGAGCUCUUUAAACAAGCAGAAUUGAACAAGGGGACAAGGGUCGCCUUCAGCUCCAUGUCAUUACUGAAAAUGGCUCCUACUGCUGAGGAGAGGACAACCAUACACGAGAUGUUUCUUAACACGCUGGAUCCAAAGACUAUAAGUUUUCGAAGUCGAGUUUUGCUUCCUAAUGCAGUGUGGAUGGAGAAUUCAAAACUGAAGAGCUUGGAUAUUUGUCACUCUCAGGAGCGGAACAUUUUCAAUCGAAUCUUUGGUGGUUUCCUUAUGAGGAGAGCAUAUGAACUUGGAUGGGCUACUGCUUGUAACUUCGGUGGUUCCCGACCAUUUAUAGUCACCGUGGAUGAUAUCAUGUUUCAGAAACCUGUUGAAGUUGGAUCAUUGUUGUUUCUUUCUUUGCAGGGAAAUUACAUUCAAGUCAGAGUACACAGUGAGGUGGCCUCUCUACAGGAUAAAGAGCAUAUGACCACCAAUGUCUUUCAUUUCACGUUCAUGUCGGAAAGAGAAGUGCCCUUGGUUUUCCCCAGAACAUAUGGAGAGUCCAUGUUGUACUUAGAUGGGCAGUGGCAUUUCAGCUCCAUGAAUGCACCAGUGACCUUGAAAAAGGACUACCUCAUCGAGCCCUAGGAAGACCGCGUUUGUUAAAGGUCAGUGUCCCAGAGUGACACGGUGCCUGAUGAAGGCCUGAGCAAGUAUAUUGCUCUUAGUGUUUAUUCUCAUCCUCCAUAGAGAAGAAGGAUAAUUUCAGCUUUUAGGUUGAUCAGAAAAGUAGAAUGAGAGAAUGGCUGGGUGGGGCAGAG